GGAGAGUGAGGAGAGAGAGGAGGAAGGAGGUAUAGACAGUGAGGACAGGACAGAGAGAGACAAGAGGCAGAAGGAGAGAGAAAGGGAGAGAGGGAGAAGAGAGGAGAGGGGAGAGAGAGAGAGUUCCGGGAUUGGAGGGGAGAAGGAAGGAGAGAGCAAGAGGGGAGAGGGAGGGAGGGAGGGAGAAAGGCGGUGAGAGGCGGGGGCCUCGACAGGGUGGAAGGAGGGAGGAGAAGGGCGGGGCACGGAGGCCCAAGCGAGGGACCAGACUCAGCUCUGACUUUUUCCGCCGCGCUCGAAUUCAGACAUGUCCCCCGCCCCUGUGCCAACCUCUUGACGUGAUGGUCUCCUGACGUCCCCACCCAGGCUUCCAACGCAGCCAUGUCACUCCUCCUGCUGGUGGUCUCUGCCCUUCACAUCCUCAUCCUCAUCCUGCUUUUCGUGGCCACUUUGGACAAGUCCUGGUGGACCCUCCCCGGGAAGGAGUCCCUGAAUCUCUGGUACGACUGCACAUGGAACAGUGACAACAAAACGUGGGCCUGCAGUAAUGUCAGCGAGAAUGGCUGGCUGAAGGCGGUACAGGUCCUCAUGGUGCUUUCCCUCAUCCUCUGCUGUCUGUCCUUCAUCCUGUUCAUGUUCCAGCUCUACACCAUGCGGCGAGGAGGGCUCUUCUAUGCCACUGGCCUCUGCCAGCUUUGCACCAGCGUGGCGGUGUUUACCGGGGCGCUGAUCUACGCCAUUCACGCCGAGGAGAUCCUGGCGGAGCGCCCAUCAGGGGGCAGCUUCGGUUACUGCUUCGCCCUGGCCUGGGUGGCCUUCCCCCUCGCCCUGGCCAGCGGCAUCAUCUACAUCCACUUGCGGAAGCGGGAGUGAGGGCCGCGCGUCCCCUUGGCUCUCCAGCCGGCUCCCGGCCCCUCCACCUCACCCCGAAGCCCCCACCCCGCCUCCAGAAAAUAAAACCAUUUAACCGCUC